AUGAGUACAAGUAUCGUUGAUGGUGAUAUUUCAGACUACAGCCAUACAAUGAGUGUAUUGUUAGUGGUAUCAUCAGAAUAUGGUCAUCAAAAGAGUACUGAUGGUGGUCACAUUAUUUUAUGCCUACGAAAUUGGGGUUUUAUAAGUGAUAUUGGUAAAGGGAAUGAAAACGUUAAACAUCCAGAUGUAGUGAAUUGUUAUUUUUGUUCUUCGACGUCAUCGUCCAUAGAUCAUUUUUGUGCUGAUCCGUUUAAUACGUCACACCCGGCAUUGACACAGAUCAAAUGUAAUGGAUAUUGUGCUAAAUGGGUUGUGGAGAAGGGAGAAGGUGAAGUUCGUUAUACGAGAACGUGUUCUAAACAUAUGAAGGUCAAGAUGAAUAUUAAUUUAGUUUGUAUGAAGGAAAGGGGAUCUUAUACCGGCCAUUUAUGUUUCUGUGCAGAACAUGGUUGUAAUCAAGCAACUGAACAGAGAAUGGUGCUUCCCUGGCUUACACUUUUAGUUAUUACAUCUUAUCUAGCGUCUUGA